CGUUUUAACUCGAUCAAAAAUUAUGAACCCUUGCCGAUUUUAAAACGACCAUUACACGCUAUCCAAGUCUGUCAACUCCACCGAACCCCGACAGAAUCCACAGCCAUAUAUUCCCAAUGAUAGGAAUUAACAUCAAAAUUUGAUGAGAUCCAUUUCAAUAUGGUUUUUGGGGUGAAAAGUGUGGCCCGGUGCGCAAUAGUGGGCAGAUUUUUGUUGCCUGAGUGUCUUACAUUCGCAUUGUUUCAUUUACAAGGUGCAUUCCGUGACGUCACGCUGUACAAACCACAUGCACUCGGCCCUCGUUACUCGUAAUUCACCUUCCAAAUCCUCAAAUGUUCGUUUCUUUUGGAUUCCCCAGACGCCGCACUUCUCCCGGAUUUUUACGGCCGAUUUCUCUGGAAUUAUUGUCGCUGAAGCCAGCAGUGGACUUUGGUGGACUGUGGGCAGUGGACAGGGAUGGAUCAGGGAGAGGGUUCCUCUCAGAAGAGUCCCGUUGGCUCCCACAGCAGUAGCUUCUUUGACACAUCCCAAAUCAGUCAGCCCCUCUACUCUCAGCCUUCAACCAGCCACGAUUCCUUCCCCAUCAUCUCCCACGUUCCUAGUGCCUUCUCCAUGUUUGGCCACAAUGCCUACUCAGCUGCAGCGGCUGCCGCGGCCGCUGGUCGACCGCUGGGGACAGAGUUUGGAGGCCUUGGGUCGCUGGUGUCGGAGAGUUUGAAUAGUCCGCUACGAUCACCGACUGCUAUAUCAACACACAGUCCCAUCAGCCCCUCCACAGGUGGCAGCCCAUGGUGGCAGCAAUCUCAUGGUCUUGGAGCGCUAGGCCAUGACUACUACAGCCACAGUCUGGGUUUGUCUACGGCCUUCGGACACGGCACCAGCGCCGAUAAAGAAGCUAGCGUGGCGGGCUUUGAUGCACUCUUCAAAAAUCAGAAAACAACCAAGAGCGGCGUAUCUAGCACUGGGGCAGUAAGACGGGGCACCGGUCGACGGGGAAGACCUCGUAAGACGGAUCGUCCCAACCCACUGCGAGUUCCUUUAUUGAGUCAAGCCCCAACCAUCCUACCCAUGCCUAGCCAUCACCCUGCUCCGUUGGCUGUGCCCAUGGAAGCUGUGUCAGUCAUCAAGGAAGUGCCGAGACUGAGCAUUAAAGUCUCCUCUCCUAGUCCGUCUCUUUCCUCCCCGAGACAACGGUCCUCCAAAUCCCCCUCCCCAAGGACUAGCCUCCUCUCAGCCUCCUCCCCCACUCUCUCCCCUAAGAAGAAGAAGAAUCCGUCAGCCGUUGCCAAAGACCCGGCCAGUAAGCAGGGCAGUAGCGACAGCAGUGAUAACGGUCUGAGCUCGGGGGAUUCUGAUAGUAAUAUGUCGGAGGUCAGCAGCGGGGAUUCUGGGAGCGAGUCGGAUCAGUACAGUGAUGAGAAAGAGAUGGCUGAAAUCAUGCAGGCCAAGAAAGAGCUGGAAGCCAGACAGAAGCUGCUUCUCCAGCAACAGAAGAACAUCCGCGAGAAGCAGCAGAGCUCCCUGAGCCGCAAGCAGAAAGCCGGCGUGCUGUCCCCCAAGGAAGGCUCACACGGGCAGGGCGCUAACGAGCAGCGCGCAGAGAAGAAGCAUCAUCAGCAUCGCCAUGGCGACCCGCAUCACCAUCACCACCAUCAUCAUCGGAAGAGCGGGCAGGAGCGGAAGCAGCUUAAAGACACGGUGCCCACGGAGAAAGAGCUACACGAGCAGCUGCUCCGAGAGCAAGAACAGAAGCGUCGGGCGGAGCAGUUAACGCUGCAGUUUGAGCAGCAAAUCAAGGAACAGCAGCAGCAUCUGCGGAUGCAGAAGAGGGCCCAAGCUGAGCGAGAGAAACACCUGCUGGCUGAGAGAGCCCGACUAGACAGGGGUCAGACCUCGGCCGGCGGAGGGAGGGAACGGAAGCUGAAACCCGGCAGGCCACGGAAGGAGAACAGAGAAGAGAGUGGUGGUAGAGGAGGGAAGAUGAGAGGAAGACCAAGGGGCGAGAAGAGACAAAAGAUAUCUAAGAAUCUGGAAUUACAGCAGGUGAAUGGAACACAGGGCACCGUGACCCCCGCAGAAUCUGGCGACCCCAGCGUUGAUACAUCGCCAGCUCCUUCAGUGUCCUCCAAGGCCAAUGCCAAGCCACAGGAGUCCGAGAAGGUGGAGACGGAGUCAACGGCUGACAAGGAGGGCGGGGAACACAGCGAUAGUGUUGGGGAUAUCACUGGGGCAUCUGACGAUUGCCAGGAUGUUUCAUCAGAUUCUGACUCUGCCUUGGAGAGCGAAGAUGAUGACGAUGACGAUGACGAUGAUGAUGACUCUGAAAGGAAUCGGUUUGAGAACUCGGAAGACACGGACACUAGCGCCAUGGCCAGAGAUUCGGAGAGCAGUCCCAUGCCAAUGAACGUCUUUCUGAAACGCAAAGCUGACCACGACAGUGCCAUGUUUGCGGCAUACAUGCCCGUACAACGCAAACGUCUCCGUGUCACAGACGAGAGAGCUGUGCGCCGUCCAUUGUCCCGUGGAUGGCGUCGCCAGGUCAUCAUCCGUCAGCUGGGACCCGGUGACCGGGUCAAAGGUGACGUCCUGUACUACGGUCCUUGUGGUAAGAAACUCCGGACUUAUCCUGAGGUCAUGAGGUACAUACAGAGACGUGGGAUUGUCGACGUUGGGCGGGAACACUUUAGCUUCAGUGCUAAGAUCCGUAUCGGGGAGUUUCUGAACCCCAAACCGGACAGCGAGAAUGUCGGGGGAAUCAUCUUUGAGAAGUUGACAGAGGGUGAACUCCAACAACGAAUCAAUAUCCUGAUGGGACGUAAGCCGCGCCCUGGCCGCCCAGUUAAGAACAUCGAGAGGAAACGCAUUGCCCAGGAGUUGGCCCGACGCGCCGCCGAAGUCAAGCAUCGUAAGAAGAUCGAACACCAAGCAGAUAUGGUGCGGAGAAUUCAAGAAGCAAAGAUGAGGCGUAAACUGGAACGGCAGCAGCAGGCACAUCUGGCUAGAGAGGCAAGGAGACAACAAGCGCUCCAAGCCGCAGAGGAGAAACGACGUGCCAAGGAGCACCGUCUCUUCAUGAAGCAGCAGCAGAAGCGUUCCAGGAUGGAGCAACUCCGCAUGGAACGGGAGAUGCGAGCACACCAGAUGGUGGAGAUGCAGGCUUCAACUGAACAAUCUCUAUUUCAGGAUCGUAAAAAAAGAAAACAGGCCGAAUCCCAGUCCAAAAUGGUGGAUGCCUUCAAACGUGCCAAGGAACGUGAAAUGAGACGUCAACAUGCUGUGCUUCUCAAACAUCAGGAGCGUGAACGUCGCAAGCAUAUGCUAAUUAUGGAACGUGAAAGAAGGAAACAACACAUGAUGCUAGUCAGAGCCCUUGAAGCACGGAAGAAACAAGAGGAGAAGGAAAGGCAGAAGAAUGAGAAGAAAUUCGAGAAGAGAGCCAAGAAGGAUCGUAAGUUGCAGCAUCGGAUGCUGGAGAUGCAGAUGGCUAAAGAACUCAAGAAACCUGUGGAGGAUAUGAAACUGGGUCAAGAAGCUAAGCCUCUACCCAACCUUGAGCGUCUAUCAGGUCUCAAGCUACCUGGCCAAUCCUUUGCUGAUUGCCUGAUGACGUUGGAAUUUCUUCACACAUUCUGUGACGCUCUUGGCCUUGAUAAGGAAGAAGACAUUCCCACAAUGACCACAUUGCAGGCGGGUCUACUUAAUGAGACAGAGUACAUCGGUGAAGUCAUAGCCUUAGCCAUACAGCUGCUAGCCCUAGCUCUAGAAGACCCUGGUAUACCGGAUAAUCACCCAGAGAAAUCUCCCUGGGGUCAGUCUGUUGAAGACAUCGACGUCACAGAGGACAAUCUCUCUGAGAUGCUGAGGUACUACAUCAUCGGAGUCAACGGGCAAGAUGAUGAGAUAAGCGAGCUGAUGAGCACUGUUCCCUUCAAGUCUUUAUCUGCCGUUCAGAAAGCCUCAGUCUUUGCCUUCCUAGUCAACCAGUUGGUUUGCAGCCGACCUGUCAUUCAGCAGAUAGAGGGCGGUAUUGAUAAAGUCACUAACCUACGACGUGACAAGUGGAUUGUGGAGGGGAAAAUGAGAAAACUUCGCACCUUGCGCGCCAAGAAGUUUGACCAUAAGAUGGUGCCCAAGCAAGAACCGGGUACCUCCACCCCAACACUGAACGGAACCCCAGAGAAACAGGGCAAGAAAGUCAACAACGACGACGACGAUGAUGAUGACGAUGAUGACGACAUGAGCGGAGGGGAGGACGGCGGGGUGGGCGGGGCUAAUGAGGACGAAGGGGGGUUGGACGAGGAGGUGGAAGUUGAGUCAACUACCGAUGGAUUGGAAGAGAUUGAGAAGAAGAUGGAAAAACUCGGCAAGCAACACGGUCAGUUCCGACACAAGAUCUUUGACGCUUCCCACUCCUUACGUGCCAUCGCGUUCGGCCAGGACCGGUACAGACGCCGCUAUUGGGUGUUGCCUCACUCUGGUGGGCUUCUGGUAGAAGGUCUAGAGAGUGCCGAACCUAACAUGCUGACUCUGGAUCAAAUUGCCAGCAAAGCAGAGACAGGGACUUCAGAAGAGUGCAAGACUGAAGCCGGUGAGGAGAUGGUGAAGACAGAGAAACAGGAGGAGGAGGCGAAAGGAGAAGAAGACGAAGACAAGAAGGAGAAAGAAGACGAGCAGAAACAAGACGAGCAGAAGCAAGAUGAAGAAACCAAAGAGAUGCCAAUGGAUACCUCAUGUAGUGCAAAUACCCAAGAAACCACCAAGACUGAGACGGAGAACUUGCCCAGCGAAGAUAGAACAUUGCCGUCGUCAUCGUCGUCAAACUCACAAGAGGAGGAGGUGAAGAUGGAGGUCAGUGAACCCAAAUUGGAAAACUCCCGUGAAGAACCGGAGACAGCAGACGACAAAAGAACAGAAAGCAUCCCCCAGGUGAAUGGAGAAAUUAGCGUAAAUGGUCCCACGGAACAGGAUGCCAGGGAAAAUUUGUACAUGGAAGUUCCACUGAAUCUGUCCAAGGCGGACAAAGUUCACCAGGAUGCUAACCAGCAGAAGGCAACCAGUUGUGACAGUACUGUAAGUGUAAAGAAGGAGGACACUGCUUCCAAAGCGGAAGCCUCCAUUACGACUGUCAGCCCAAAGAUGGCAGCUUCAGAGAGCUCUGACGGUGGCCAUCGUGCAUCCCCAACCAAGAAGAGCAAUCCUAAACUUGGAUAUCUGAGUAUAGAUAGUAUGCUACAGCGGCCUGAUCGACCAGUAUCGUCGUCAUCGACAAACCCUUACCCUCCGCCUCCCAUCACCUCCUCCAGUGUACCGCCCCCGUCUAUCCCUCUAGACUCUAAACCCAACGGAGCCAUGGGCUCCUGGUUUAGCAUCUUGCCUCGUAUGCCUUGCGAUGAUACCUCCUUACUAACCGUCCCUGUCAAACAGGAAGAGGAGAAACCAGCUACUAACGACGCCUUCACUGACCAAUUCAAGCAGGCUGCUCAAGCCGUGCCAGCCUUUGGUUUAACUCCUUACGGCAUCUACCAGAUGCCCUUCCCACUCAUGCACGUCGGUGGGAUGAACGCUUUCAUGGGAGCCUAUAGCUUCCCUGGCGUGGCUCCUAUCCCACUGCAGACUCUACAGAUGAAUCAGAUGGACCAAUCGGCAAGCGUCAACCCCCUUCUACCGUUGACGAACGCGGUCAACAUCAAGACUGAGCAAGAGGAAGACGACGAAGAUGAAGAAGCUGACUUGAAGGCAAUCGCUAACAUGCAAGCCCUCUUAGAUCAGAUGGAAAAGGCACAAGUUGAACCCAUCCCUAAAGACUUGCAGCAAGGCUGGUGGCAAAUCUGUGAUCCCAACAUGUUACGUCUCGUCGUAAGGUCCCUACACAUGCGAGGCAUCAGGGAGAGGAUUAUGCAGAAAAGCUUUCAGAAAUUCAACGACUUCUCACUCAAGGUGUGCUCCAAAGGAAUCAAGAACGACAUUCUGAUCCAGAGUAAAGACAAGGAGACCUACACAGACAACAACAGCAUUCCCCGCAUCCCACCGCCCGUCUAUGAAGAGAAGGAGGGUUGGCUCCAGGAAGUCACCUUCUCAGCCAAUCGUGGCAUCGUGGAAGCAGUAGAAGCGAUGGAGGAGCGCGUCUUCUCAGCCAGUAUGCAAGUCAAGGGCUGGGUCCUACCAGAGAAGGUCUCCAUUGAUCCCAAUUUGGAGUCCUGGCAGACUGCCGAGAGUUCUGGAGUGAACCCUAUCGGUAUUGCCAUCAAGAGACUCCUCGCCUUGGAGAAAUCGGUGGAGAGAAGAUACCUGAAACCGCCACUCAGCAAAGCUGAAAAUGCUAUAAAACUUGCCUGCCAGGGGCAACCAGACUGUGAGGGCGCUGUGUCCAGAUCUCGUGGCAGUGCAGCGGCAGCAGCGGUAGCCGUCCCUGAGGAAUCCUCGUUCGCCAAGGUAGAGGAGGAGCCGUCCAAGGGAUUAGUGCGCUGGCGACGCACCGUCGAGAAUGCCACCUCUGCAUCUCGGCUACACAUGUGUCUGAAUGUACUGGAGAAGUGUAUAGCCUGGGACAAGUCUAUUAUGAAAGUUUUCUGUCAGCUGUGUCGUAAAGGUGACAAUGAGGCACUGCUCUUGCUGUGCGACGGCUGUGAUAAGGGCUUCCAUACAUACUGCAUCAAACCCAAGAUGACUCAGAUACCUGAGGGGGAUUGGUACUGCACCGUCUGUAUAUCCAAGGCUACCGGUGAGCCAGGCACGUGUACCGAAUGCCAGAAGACCGGUAAACUCUUGAAAUGUGAGCAGUGUCCACGAGCAUACCACCUCAACUGCCUUGAUCCUGUACUUAGCAAAUUUCCUCGUGGUAAGUGGUUCUGCCCUCCAUGCCAGAAGAUCAAACGCAAAGCCUCCAAGAGCCGCAACCACAAACGGAAGAGCAAAGACAAGAAGGACAAAAGUCACCACUCAGGUCACCACUCGGGUCGCAGUACGCCGGCGGACACACCGUCCAGCCCGGCUGUCUCGGUGGAUAAGGAGGCGCAGAAGGAAGAGAAAGCAGCCAAGAAGAAAGAAAUGGCGCCUUGCAAGUCGAUCAUGACGGAGUUGGAAAAGGAUGAGAAUUCUUGGCCAUUCCUGGUUCCUGUCAACACAAAACAGUUCCCGAGCUAUCGCAAGAUCAUCAAGAAACCUAUGGAUUUCAGCACUAUCAGGGCAAGGCUACACGCUGGACACUACCACCAGCGAGAGGAGUUUGCAGCCGACGUCCGCGUUGUCUUUGACAACUGUGAGACAUUCAACGAAGACGACUCGGAUGUAGGGCGCGCCGGCCACCAGAUGAGGGCGUCCUUUGAGAGCAGGUGGACGGAGCUUCUACAAGAACACUCCACGUAGCUGGCACGCGAUUGGUUUACCUGUGGGUUGUUGGGUGGGGCUAGAGACUUGAUGGGCGGGGCUUAAGAGAAAUGCAUCAGGAGGGGUUGCAUCUCCAGAGCCCGAUGGUUCACUGAUGACGGAUGGAGGUGGCUGGAGGUUGCUCCGAAGUCCGAGGAUGAUGAACAGCGCCCUCUGUAGUCUUCACGCAGAAUGAAGUCCGCUCUUUUAUUAUAUUAGAAAAGAAUGAACAGCCUUAUGUGUGCUACUUUGGGUAGAAAAUUACUCUCAAAACCAAAAAGUAACCUUUUGUAGAGAUUUAAGUACGUUUAAAGUGAUAUUCAUGAAAACCUUUAAGAAAAUUGUGUACAACCAAAAAAAAGGAGGUCAUUAUUUCUUCAGUUUAAAGGUGGGAUAUGAUGAAGUGCGAUUUUUUUUUCUUUGAAAGGAAAUUGGAAUGAGCUUGAUUGUUGUUGUCAGCUUGAGUGUAUUCAAUGUAUUCAGUAUUUGCAACCGAUUCAUAUCUGUUGCGUUCUGUUAUGAUGUUUUAUUGUGGGCUUUAUGAAUACAAAGAUAUUUUGUGUGGUUAACGUACAUUUCCAGCUGAGGUGUCAAAUGACUGUCAUGUGACUUUCAUGAUAGAUGUAAAAGGUGGGUAACAGUGGCUGCGUUCGAGUAGCUCACCCGGAUCGACUCGGGUAAAGGCAGACGGUUUAGCCACGAGAGCUGGGCUAAUCGAAUGCUCAAACUCAUCCCAACACCUCAUGACUGAAAAGCAGAAGCAUGCAUCUAAGCUUGUGUGCUUGUCAGUGGCACAACCAUAUGAAUCACAACGGCAUAUAAUUAUUUUGUUCUUUGCUCCAUUUGACAUCGUUUUGGUAGUCAAUCACAUCAUGAUAUUACUUUGUUUUUUUCCAUUUUUGAUUGAGAAGCAGUCUACGUUUGACAGUUUGCAGUUAAUUAAUGCGAGGACUUUUUGGAAAUUUUUUUGUUAAAAGAAAUCGAUUCAGAAAUGAAUCAGGCUGGAAGGAGAAGACGUAAAUAUUAUGUGUGAUGGUGAAUCUAGACUUUGAAAAUAUAAAUGUGUCCACCUCCUUAAACAAAAAGGCAGCAUGUCAUUUAGGUCAUCUCUAAAUUUCAAUUUCGAAAAAAUAUCUGCAUUGAAUCGUUGGAAUCACUUUUAAGAGACAACAUACAACUGUGUGACGUGAACCCUAGUUGAAAGAUAAAAAGAUUGAAAAGGUUUCAGGAUCAAGAAUGGAAUGUGCAGAGAGAAACGAUUUGAAAGCAAUAAGAUAAAAAGGAGAGUUGAGAUUUAUUGUAAGAUAGAGUCAGGAUAGUCAGAUGCAACUAGUGCUGUAUUGUAGAAGCAGUCUGCUGUAUGUAGUCAGUCGCUCGGUCUGUGUCUUUGUGUAUCUUUGUGUCUGGAAUCAGUAUUCAUAAAUGAAAAAAAAAUAAAUGUACAUUUUCUCUUUUUCUGCUUGCGCUUGGGAAAAACAGUCAUACUAUUUGAGGCUUUUCUCUGUCGCCCUUCAGUUUCAGCAGUACCGAAAGAUGCCAAUCAGUGGAAGAAUUAUCAAGAUUUGUCCCUGUAUUCAUGAAAUUUGAAGAAGAAAAGAACAGAAAGAAUGCAAAUCGCAAAGCAGAUGAAAAGUGAUCUGUUGAAGGUCCAAAAUGUUCCUUUGUAAAGUUGUCUUGCAAAAUUGUAAAUCUGUGAUUUUUAAGUUGCUUAAUUGGGCAGGGGGGGGGGGAAUAAGGUAUCCUAUUGUUUACCAAGCCCUUUGUCUGUGUUCAAAAUUGAUUUGUGCAGGCAUGUUUUAUAUUAGUUAUCAUGCUUGUCCGACACAGUGAUUGUGGUCUUUGAUAUUUAUUGAAAUAACUAGUAGUGACGGCAUUUUAGUAUAGUACAUAAAACAAAAACAAGAAACGAUUGACAAAAAAAAAAAGGAGACAAAAUGCCUAAAAGUAAUUAUGCUUUGCAGAGUUGGAACUGCUUGAGAUUUUAUAUAUUUUUGAUAAACUUGUGCUCUUUUUUCUGAUCUUAGGUAUUUAUACAAAAAAUCAGUUCAGAAUCUAGAUGGAAAGAAUUCCUUGGUACUGCUCCUCAUACCAUUUAUGGAUUUCUCAAAGGUUAAUGUCAGUCUAAGGUACAAUUCUUGGUUGACCAGGUUUGAUGAGACGUUUUCAGCUUUGCUUACGGCAAGCUGAUAUAGAUCGAUCCUGGGCCCAAUUUCUUGGCUCUGCUCACUAUUAGCAAAAAAUCCUUGCUUACUGUAGCAGAAAAUUCUUUGCUUACAGUAAGGGUAUUUCACGGGUUAGCUUGGAAUUUUGGUGUCUGUGCAUGCGUAUAUCACGUAACUAAGGAUUCUGUGCUUACAGCGUUAGCACAGAAUUUUUUUCUGCUAGCGCGGUUAGCACAAAGUGGUGAUCGUAAGCACGGAAUUCUGUGGUUAGGGGCGCCCUGAAAUUGGGCCCAGGUACACACUAUUACUUCUAUCACGGAGGCUCCCUGCAAUGGCAGAAGCAUUGUGCUAGCUAUUGUCCAUGAUAACUGUCAUUGAACAGUUACUCUGUACAAUAGCACAAUGCUAACGCCAUUAAGGGGGGCCUCCGUAAGUAUGCAGUAAUUAUGUGCCUGCAUUCAUCUGUAAUGUCAGCUCAGAAUCAAAUCUUCUGGAGCUGUGAUCUGGGAUGCCUUUAAUUUUUAAAUUUGCUUAUUCUGUCAAAUAGCGAAUGAAUGAUAUCUUUUUUGGGGGGGGGGGUUAGCUUAUUUAUCAAUGCUUCAUUGGAAUUAAUUAUUUCUUUAACUUUGAUCGACAUGAAGAAUAAAUGUCCAAAUGAUGACUAAAAUUAGUUGGGUUUUUUUUGCGAGGAAAGGAUGGAGCCGUAUUGAUCUGAAAGAACUGUGCCUGACCUACCGAAUGUAGAUUGACAUAAUUCACUUCUUGUAUAUAUAUAUAUAUAAGCUUGUCAUAGAGCAAUUUCUGUUGACAAAAUUUGUUGCAAUUUGCUACCAAGACCUGUGUCUGGUCGAUGGCAUUAAUGCACUUGGCACAUUAGCUCAGUAUUUUCUUGUCAUUUUUUUGUUCAGUCUUAGAGGAAGUUGUAUUGUGCACUGCAUUCCUGUGUAUAGGUUUAUAAAGAAAACGCACCUUUUAAGCUAGCUGUUGCUGCAGAUAUUGCUUUUAGUAAAACACAGCAAUAGAAGGUUAGCUGAGGUUAACAAAAUGAGAGAAAAAGGAAAAGUGGAAGAAUGUAUUCUGUUUGCAGAUUGAGAAACAUGGGAUUAUCAUGGAAACGUUCUACCACAAAUAUUUUGUUGAAGAUGUUACAAGAUGACCACUUUUGUAAGUUGUCUGUGACAAGUAUAAUUCCUAGUCUAGCAGAUAUUCUUUGUUUUUACCGUCUGCUUGUAACCAUUCAACGUUUGCAUUUCACAACUACGGAAUCAUGGGAUGGAAAUGUAUGCUUUCAAGCUAACCAAUUUUAGAAGCUGAUACAUGGAGUGAAUUUUAUCGAGCCCCACAAAACCCAUCAACGACAGGUGGGGCUAGAACAAGGGAUUUUGUGAAAGUGAGCCUAAUGUUAACAUAAAGUGCUGAUAUUCAGUGCAGUUUGGGCUUGGAGACUUGAUUGAAGUCAAGUGUGUUUAUGAACUGUAGACUAGCUACUAGUCCUAGAUGAAGAAAACAAAUCUGUUCAGAAAAAAAUUAAUACAAUAAAAAAAAAGGUCUUGACAGACACAAGUCGAUCUUAGUUUACAUGGAAGGAUUAGUGUUGGUACAUUGGUUGAGGAAAAGAAGAAGUAGUGUAAGUGUUAGUUUAUUGUGCUGGUUGGCAUAUAUCAGGAUUAAUUGCAACAAAGACAGCAAUAAGGAGACGGUCAAGUUUUUGUUAGAAAAAAAAAUCAGUUAUGCAGCAGGUCACUGACUGUAAUCAAUAAUUAGGAAUCAAUUGUAAUCAGUUCUGUAAAAUACCCCCCCCCCAAAAACAAAGCUUGCUGUAACAUGAGGAAUUAAAAAUUACCGAGUUCUGGUAUUGAUUUUUUUUAUUGAUGUAUUUCAACUGAUCAAUUGAUUGAUUAUUUCUCUUUUCAUGCAGUAUUUCUCCCACCAGCAUUAAUCGCACGUGCUUCAGAAAUUAGUCAAGCCUUUGCAGCCCUAGCAAUGUUUGUAAUGUCUUGCCUGUCUAUUUAUUAAACUCGUUGAAAAUAUUUAUUGACGCCGCAGCACGAUGGUGUUACAAUCAUCCAAAAUAACUGAUUCUGCAUUUGUAUAAAAGUUGAAAAGGUAUUUUACUUGAAAUCUGUGUGCUACAUUUAGUUAAAUACAAGACCUGGUCAGGCGAUGAACUUAGUCUGAAUAAGCAGAUAUUAUUUGUUUGUUUUUGUUUUUUGUAGCUGUUUCAAUCUUUAAACAGGGUUUUAUGUUAGGGAAUUUCUGCAAAUCUCGAAAACAUUUUUUUUUUUCCUUAGGAUCUAGAUUUUGCGAUAACAUUUUAUAGGAAAGGUGUUACGUUCUCUAGAUCUGCCAACUCAGUUUUAUUGGUAAAACCAAAGUCCCAAUUGUCAGUGGCGUAUUUUCAAGUAAAAGAGGACCAUUUGUUUGUUUAAUGUGAGCCACAUUGCAAAUAACUGUACGUAAUUUCAGGGAGACAAUGUAAAUCUUCAACCUUAAACCAUUAUUUGUGAGAGCUGUACAUGAAAUUGAUGUUAACAAAACGUGAGACGAUAGCUUGUGAGUAGUUUUGAGCUAUUUCUCUGACUUUUUUGAGGAUAAUUUUUAAUUGUAAUGUGUCAGUCCAGUAGUACUGUAGUUCGAUGUUUGUGAACAAUUGUUUUGAGUAUUAAAAAUAAAUAAUUCAUCAGAAGAAAAA